AAAGCUGCUUAGAAUUAGGUUUUCCUUUAUUAGAAGAAUUUUUAUUUUGGAGUUGACUUGCCCUUAAAGAGUUUUUCAAAAUGGAGGCAAGAUAAAUACAGAAGCUUGUAUGAAACCCUAAUGCACAGAAAGCCAGAGUGAGCGACAGGUGACAUUUUUUUGGUGAUGGAAUUAACAAUGAGCAACCCCAUCAAAACAGUCUGAUGUCUAAAUACUGCCUGCUUCUGGAGCGGUUUACUCCUGCAUUAACUUUCUGUUCUGGAAAAUUUAAUUUUAACACAAGUGUCGCCCUUGUUUUGCAUUCUCAAGUGCAAUAUAAUAAUAUCUCAUUAUUAUCAGAAGAAAGCUGGUGAUACAGUUCUAGAUUCUUACAUGUUUCUCUGAGUGGGUUGUGUUAAAGUUCAUUCUUGCAUCUUGCAAACCUGUGGGCAUGUCUUUGGUUCCUGCAAACAUAUAUAUAUAUAUAUAUAUACAGGGAGGGAACAACUUUUUGCUCUUGCAACCUAAAAGACGCCUGUGUGAAAAUGAGUUGCUGUAUGGUUUCACUUCCUGAGCAGACAACAAGACAAACACAAGUAAAAUAUUGAAAUGAAAAAAAGGAAGCAUAAAACUCAAGAAAUCAAUAACGCAAGAGCAUCCGUUUACUAUUUUAUCAAGCAUUAAUGGUUUGGAUUUGGUUUGGGACUAAACAUGGAUACAACUUAUCACAAUCAAAGUGAAAGGCUUGAGCACAACUGGUAUUAUGAAGAGUAUCGUGUUCCUGCACUUAUUUAUUACAGUGUUAUGUUACCCAUUGGGCUUUUAGUCAAUCUCACAGCUAUUUGGGUAUUUAGCUGUAGCACGAAAAAACGCACCACAGUCACUGUGUACAUGAUGAAUGUUGCACUGCUUGACUUAAUGUUCUUAUUAUCUGUUCCUUUCCGCAUAAUAUACUAUGCAAAACAAUACUGGCCCUUUGGAGAUGUAUUCUGUCGGAUCCUGGGUGCUCUCACUGUAUUUUAUCCUAGUGUUACACUGUGGCUCCUCGCAUUUAUAAGUGCUGAUAGAUACAUGGCUAUCGUGCAACCUAAGCAUAUCAAAGAACUGAAGAACAUUUCAAAAGCAAUGGCAGCGUGCUUUGGAAUAUGGAUAAUGACUAUAGUAACCACAACACCUUUACUCUUAAUCUAUGAUGAUCCAGAAAAGGAAUUUAAUUUUACUACUUGUUUUAAAAUGUUUGACAUCAACUACUUUAAAAGGAACAACAUCUUGAACACUGCUCGUGUGAUUUUCUUCUUCAUCAUUCCUUUGUCUAUCAUGAUAGGCUGUUACUGCAUCAUUAUUUAUAGUCUAAUCAGUGGCAAAACCUCUCGUCUGAAGUCAAAAGCAAAGAAGAAAUCAAUACGGAUUAUUAUCACUUUAAUUGUGCAAGUUUUGGUGUGUUUUGUGCCUUUCCAUGUAUGUUUUAUUUUAUUUACAGUUCAAGAUGGACUGGAUCUCUACAGAUCAUGGGGAAUGUUAUCUACAUUUCUAAUGAAUCUCAGCACAUGUUUGGAUGUUAUCCUGUACUACAUAGUAUCAAAACAGUUCCAGGCUAGAGUUAUAAGUGUCAUACUAUAUCGAAACUACCUUCGAAGUGUACGGAGGAAAAGUAUACGAAGUGGAAGUGCUCUUUCUCUGAGUAAUAUCAACAGUGAAAUGAUGUGAUGGUACAAACAAUAUUUUCACCAUUCUAUGGCAUUACCUUCUUGUUAUAAUAAGAAAAGGCUUGUGUUUCUUUUUGAAUAAAAAAAACUGAAGUUUAA